GUGCAUCAUCAGCGGGAAUGGCAGCUUCCCCAUAUUCACCUCCCCCUCGUCCGGCUCCAGGGAGGGAAAGUUGACUCUAACCAACCUCAGCUUCCAGCAGGCGGGAGGAGGCGUCUUUUUCAGGGUGCGGGGGGCGAUCAUCGCGAGUCAUUGCGAGUUCGUCAACAACACGGCCCCUGGCGUUGGCGGAGCGGUGCUCAGUGAAUACUUCCCCCUCCCAAUGCAAGGCACCCCUGCCAAUCGCCGCUUCGUAGACUGCACCUUUCAGAGCAACAAAGCGCCCAAAGGGGCCGGUGGUGCCAUCAGCAUCAACGCCGGCAGGAGCAACGGCAGCGUGCCUUACCUUUAUUUCCAGAGCUGCCUAUUCAAGGACAACAAAGCCCCUGGGAAUCUGGGGGGGGCAAGAAGCGUGACAGGGCUAGGCAGGGUGCAGUUCGAGCAGUGUGUGUUUAAUGGGAACCACGCUGGUGUAUCUGGGGGAGGAAUAUUCUCGUUAGACUCCUCCCUCUAUUUCGACCGAGUCACCUUCGACAGCAACAAGGCCCUCGGGACCACCAAUGGCGGCAAAUAUUCUCGUGGUAUUGGCGACGCUGUCUAUGGUGUCUUGUCGGGAACGUUGCCCAAUGUGGAUUUUCGGUUCUGCUCGUCGUCCUUUUUGGGCACAUCAGGGGCGGGACGAAGCUCAGUGGCUCUUCAGUCAGCCUUGAACAUGAUGGCUCCGAAAUUUCCUGGGCUUGUGGCAUUUUGCAAUGGGAGGAGGCCGGAUAAACUGUCUCUGUCCAAAAUUGCGCACUGGCGGGUGGAGAACAAUUGCACAGCCAG